AUGUCGUAUCAGAAGUUAGGGGCUUUAUUAGCACAUUAUGUACUAUCGAGGCGUCUGCAGGGCAAGACGGCGGACUAUAAGGAAUUCAUAUGGACAGAUAUAAAAGCGCUACUCGAACAGUUUGUGAAAUAUAUGCAGAACGAGGAACUAGACACCCUUGCAGCUAAUUGUUUAAACCACGGUUACACAUAUCCGCCAAAGGCAAAAAGACCGCUCGUAGCUAAAGCGGGCGACAGAAUUAUGUGCAGACUGAUGACACGAGCAAUAUUUUUUAUGAAUGCGCCGCGUACGCAGUCCGGCGGUUCGCACAAUACCGAAGAUCAUAAUGACGCGUUGAAGGAACAUAUAAGAUUCGCAAUAGUAAAUAUAUUUAUGUACAUAUUGAACGAAUCUGCAUGCAAAAGUGACAUGGGUAUAUAUUAUGCAUGGGAGGUUGUGAAAAAGCUGGAAAAAGGUUGGAGUGGCCACAUUACAACGGGAAACUGCAAGCGGGGAGAGUUUGAAAACAUACACAGCGAGGAAUUCGACAUGGGGAAAAGGAUUAGGGCAUGGUUACAGGACAAUACGACAUUGAGGGACACAUUUGCUGGUCCCGACAUACACAGUACAUGUAAGAACACAUUAGCAGGAAAUGGGCGCAAAGAAACGGGUACAAAGGAAUCUAAUGCAAAGAUUGAGCUCACGCACGCGGAAAAGUCAGUUAUAGAGACAUUAGGCAAGGGGAUGAAGACACUUGUUGACGGGGUGAAGACGGCGGUAGAGACAUGCGAGCAGACACCUGGAGCAUGCAUGCAGUCUAUCGACGCUGUCUCCCGUAGCGAUCCGGAGGAUGCCGACAGUAAGGCCAUAGAACAUAACCCUGUCGACAGCGGUAAACCAGCACAAACAGUAGCGGCAGCGGGGACGGACAAGAACAAAAAGAAAGAAGACAGCAGUAACGGGCAGGUAGUAACGACGACACCAGAAGUACCACCAGUUAAGGUACCAGAGGCACCAAAGGAGGUUGUUCCUGAGAAGAAAGGACCGACAAAAGGGACAGGGGAAGAGGGAGUGGCCAGGUCCGAUGAUGCCGCACCGGCAUCCAUACCACAACCCCCACCUGCGGCACCACCACCAUCACAAUCAUCGUCGGCAUCGGGCUCAGGAACACCAACACCGCAGGAUGCAGACAAAGCAGGUAAGUGCACAGAGAGUUCCACCAGUACGAAUAAAAACGGAUCCGGCGUUAGCGUAAGCUUCGGGUGUACUUCAGACGCAGCUUUAGGAGUUCCCUCUAGUAAACUCCCGACUCCCCCUGAUCCAGCGCCAGAUCGCACACAAAGUAACAGUGUACCACAGCCUGCCGCAGCAGCGGAACCACCGGCUGCACCCGCAUCAGCCGCACCGGCCGCAGCAGGAGCAGGAGGCAAGGGACCAAGUCAAGGGCCAGGACCUGGACAACAACCCCCCCCACCUCCACCACCGCCACCAAAACCGAACCCGAACCCAAAUCAAUCGGGUAGUAGUGGCAGUUUCAGUGAUGCUGAUUUGGCGGAUGGAGUUUCUGGUGGGGAAGGACCAGGCGGCGGUGCCGACGUUGGUGAUGGUAGCCUCGUCCCAGGUGCUGCAGGCAUUGUACCUGGUGUUCCUGGAGUGGGAGGCGUACCGGGUGUCGGUACCCCCGGUUCUCCGGAAAUUGGUCCUCAGGGUCCUGCGGGUCCCUCAGGGGAAACAGGGUCCUCCUCAGGACCAGUCUCAGGGCCUGAGGCCAAAGACUCGGGAACAUUGGAAAAGGCGAAAGAGAAUGUCAACUUACAGAAGGAUGAUCCUAGUAUCCAUGCUACUGCCGAAAUCCCUACAUGGACCUGGGACGACCUUAUCCCCUACACCCCCGCGAUCAUUCCCGCGGUGGUUGGUAUUGGGAUCAUUGCGUUCUUCCUCUGGAAGUAUUUUGCCUACCUCGCCAAACGACGACGAACAUAUCGAACCGUUCGUGACGUGCCGUCACCGCCACUCGACGAAGAAAUAUUGCAACAUCUACAACGCGGCGACCUGCCACCACCCGAUUACGGGUACACCAUGGUUAGGGCUAGGCCACCUUCGUCAACAUCCGACCGACGACGACGUCAACCACGCGUGCAUAAGCGCACGAUCAUCGAGCUACAUUUAGAAGUGCUCAACGAAUGUGAAGCAACCGAAUGGGAAAACGUCAAAGACGACUAUUUGCACAUACUCGUUCACGAGUUUAUGGGGGGCAACAACAUGUGUACAAGUAGCUCGGAUGUCUGUACCCCAGACGACGGUUUAGCAACCCACGAUUCGACAACCCGCGAUGUGACAACCGCGCAUUCGACAAACCGGGAUCUACCGAUCGAUUCCGACGGCACAGAUCCAUGUCCACCACAUGACCCCGAUCCAUGGAGUUGUAUGGAAACCAUACAGUUAGCCACGGACCCUUGUGGACCUAAGGAAGAUGACCCCGAUCCAUGGAGUUGUAUGGAAACUAUACCGUUAGCAACGGAACCUGGUCCACCUCACGAACAGGACCAAUGCAGUUGUAUGGAAACUAUACAAUUACAAACGGACCCAUGUCCACCGCAUGAACACGACCCCGAUCCAUGGACAUGUAUGGAGACUAUACCGUUAGCACCGGGCCCUUGUCCACCGAAUGACCCCGAUCCAUGGAGUUGCAUGGAAACCAUGCAGUUAGAAACGCACCCUUGUCCACCGAAUGAACACCACCCCGAUCCAUGUAGUUGUAUGGAAACUAUACAGUUCGCAACGGACAAUUGUCCUCCUAAUGACUGCGAUCCAUGGCGUUGUAUGGAAAACAUACAGUUAGCAACGGACAGUUCUCCACCGAAUGACCCCGAUCCAUGGAGUUGUAUGGAAAACAUACAUACAGACACAGCACAGAGUCCCUCUACUGGUCGCGGGCAUGCGACUUCGGACUGCAUCCAUUGGAUUAACUGGAUUGACCGCAACAAGCACCUAUUGCAGGAGUGCACGACGCAGCCGUGGUUUUUGCAAUUAAAGGCGGAAUGGAAACAAUACCUGCGUGAGCACAUUGCGGCAAACGACGCAUCCGGUGAGCACAGGAAAGCCGCAACCAUGCACAGGAAGAAAUUAGACUUGUGGAGACAGUGGAUAGCGCAACUACAUCGGCAAAUGUGUAUGUAUAACGCGGAGGCGUGGUUCCAAUACCUAUUGAGUAACAUAGAACAAGAAAACACAUUACACGGGCAACGAGUGCCCGGACCUAACAAAGACACAGUGCAAGCGGCCAUCAUAUCCGGCCUAAACACGGAAGACACCCACUUGAUGCCAGAAGUACCCCAUGAAGAACAUAUACCGUCACCCAGCGUGAAACAGCGCGAACAGCAGGACCUAUAUCCGGAUCUAUAUAGGACGAAAUGGUUAACCGCUAAAAUAUGGAUACUGAUCCUGGCAUUAGUCCUAGAACAGUGCGAAGUCGAUCGCAGUUUGCAGGAGAAGGAGUUAUAUGUGGAUGAUCUAUUGCACAACAUCUGCAAUUAG